AUGGAUUUACAGCCGGUGCAUUAUGAUAAGUCUGAGUACGCGGUUACGGCAACCGGAAACAAAGUGAAUCGAAAGUCGAAACUUUACGGCAGUCAAAAUAUCAUCCUUAACGGAAAGUCAAUACUGAUGAAAGAUUGUGUGUUACGCGGUGACAUGAACUGCAUAAGAGCCGGCAAGUAUUGUGUUGUUGGUGAACGAACUGUCAUUCGUCCGUCAUAUAAACGCUUUAGUCGAGGUCUUACAUUUUUUCCUGUUCACAUUGGUGAUCACGUCUUCAUCGAAAAUGAUUGUGUUAUAAUGGCUGCUCAGAUUGGUGCAUAUGUGCAUAUUGGUCAUGAUGCCGUCGUGGGCCGAAGUGUUAUAUUAAAAGAUUGUGUUCAAGUUCUACCUAAUACGGUUGUUUCACCCGAUGCAGUCAUCCCACCAUUUUCGAUUGUCGGUGGAAAUCCAGGCGGGUUUUAA